AAACUUCCACGGUUACAUUGGUUCUGCAUGACAAUUUUUCAUGUUUUAACUUAUAAGAAUGCCGUUGCGCCUGGAUAUCAAGAGAAAGCUGACUGCGAGGAGUGACCGAGUAAAAUGUGUAGAUCAACAUCCUACAGAACCAUGGCUUCUCUGCUCACUGUACAGCGGGGAUGUCAACAUAUGGAACUACGAGACGCAUAUACAAGUCAAGAGAUUUGAGGUGUGUGACUUACCAGUAAGAGCUGCCAAGUUUGUCUCCAGGAAGAACUGGGUGAUCACAGGUUCAGAUGAUAUGCAAAUUAGAGUGUUCAAUUAUAAUACUUUAGAAAGAGUCCAUUCCUUCGAAGCUCACUCGGAUUAUGUCAGAUGUAUUGCGAUCCACCCCACACAACCUUACAUUCUGACUAGUAGUGAUGAUCUGCUAAUAAAACUGUGGAACUGGGAUCGCAGUUGGGCAUGUCAACAAGUGUUUGAAGGCCACACUCAUUAUGUGAUGCAAAUAGUAAUCAACCCAAAGGACAAUAACACAUUUGCUAGUGCAAGUCUUGACACUACUGUUAAGGUAUGGCAGCUAGGUUCCUCCAUUUCAAACUUCACACUAGAAGGGCAUGACAAGGGAGUCAACUGUGUAGACUAUUACCAUGGUGGUGAUAAGCCAUACUUAAUCAGUGGUGCCGAUGACCGUCUUGUAAAGAUAUGGGACUAUCAAAAUAAAACUUGUGUUCAGACUUUGGAAGGUCAUGCCCAAAAUGUAACUGCGGUAUCAUUCCAUCCCGAGCUGCCGGUCCUCCUUACUGGCUCUGAAGAUGGCACCGUGCGAAUUUGGCAUGCUGGAACCUACAGGCUUGAGUCAUCAUUGAACUAUGGUUUUGAAAGGGUCUGGACUAUUUCGUCUAUGCAUGGAUCUAACAAUGUGGCUCUUGGGUAUGAUGAGGGUACGAUUAUGAUAAAAAUAGGCAGGGAAGAACCUGCCAUUUCUAUGGAUGUAAAUGGAGGCAAAAUUAUUUGGGCCAAGCAUUCAGAGAUGCAGCAGGUCAAUUUAAAAGCCUUACCAGAAGGUACGGAAAUAAAAGAUGGUGAACGCGUGCCAGUUGUAGCGAAAGACAUGGGCUCCUGUGAGAUCUAUCCUCAAACAAUUGCCCAUAAUCCUAAUGGGCGCUUUGUAGUAGUUUGCGGUGAUGGUGAAUACAUCAUUUACACUGCAAUGGCGUUAAGAAAUAAGGCUUUUGGCACCGCCCAAGAAUUUGUAUGGGCUUUUGAUAGUUCGGAAUAUGCAACAUUAGAAAACUCCAGUACAGUGAAGGUCUUUAAGAAUUUCAAAGAGAGAAAAAGUUUUAAACCAGAAUAUGGCGCUGAAGGCAUUUUCGGUGGUUAUAUGCUGGGUGUGAAAUCAAUAAGUGGUGUAGCAUUCUCCUUCUAUGACUGGGAGCACUUGGAAUUGAUUAGAAGAAUCGAGAUACAACCAAGGCACGUGUACUGGUCGGAAAGCGGAAACUUGGUGUGCCUUGCAACCGACGAGGCCUAUUUUGUGCUGAGGUACAACGCGGCAGUGGUGACCCGCGCGCGGGAAACUAAUUCCAACAUCACGGAGGAUGGCGUAGAGGACGCUUUCGAGGUUGUUGGUGAAGUAAACGAGACAGUGAAGACUGGAUUAUGGAUCGGGGAUUGCUUCAUAUACACAAACUCCGUCAACCGUAUCAACUACUAUGUCGGUGGCGAGAUUGUCACUAUCUCGCAUUUGGACCACACCAUGUACAUUCUCGGAUAUGUUGCAAAGGAAAACAGAUUGUACCUAAACGACAAAGAGCUAAACAUAGUGUCAUAUUCAUUGCUGCUGCCGGUACUGGAGUACCAGACAGCAGUGAUGCGCGGUGACUUCGAAACAGCCGACAGAGUACUUCCCACAAUUCCGUACGACCAUCGCACCAGAGUGGCCCAUUUCCUUGAAAAACAGGGCUUCAAGCAACAAGCCCUCGCUGUGUCAACGGAACCGGAACAUCAAUUCGAAUUGGCGCUGUCCCUUGGCGAGCUGAGACGCGCGAAGCAGUUGGCUGAAGAGGCGACUGCUGCUGAAGGCGAACCUUCGCGUUCCUCAGCGGCACGCUGGUCAAGGCUGGGGUCUGCGGCAGCCGCUGCAGCUGACACGGAACUUACCAAGAUCUGCUACCAAAAUGCCCAUGACUACAGUUCAUUAUUACUGUUUGCAGCUAGUACUGGGGAUAAAAAGCUUUUAGAAGAUGUUGCGCAGAUGGCCGCCGAAGAAGGAGAAGACAAUAUAGCGUUUGUUGCGUAUUUCACUCUCAAUGAGUUAGAAUCAUGUCUACAGCUGCUCAUCAAGCGCAACAAGUUACCUGAAGCCGCUUUCUUUGCCAGAUCAUACAUUCCGUCGAAGGUCUGCGAGGUUGUGAAACAAUGGCGUGAUGCAGUUGGAGUCACAAACAAAAAGUCCGGACAGUCACUUGCCGACCCCGAACAAUACGAAAAUCUAUUCCCAGAGUUUGCGGAGUCACUAGAAUUAGAAACAUUCCAGCGGCAGUUUGGGUUCGAAUACAGCUGUCAACUGGACAAUUUGGAGCCUGAUUCUAAAAUAUGUAAUGUCGACCGUAACUUGACAGAGGAGAAGACCAAUAUGGAGAAAAUGGGCAAAUGGAGUCCAUCAAAAUCAGCCGAAAGUUCAAUUCCUUCGAAUAGAGAGUCCGCAAGCAAAGAUCCGGAGCUGCCACAAGAACCUACAAAUAAGCGCAAAGACUCCUUGGACAUCAUGGAAGAGAUUGAUAGAGAAAUUGAUGGCAUUGUAAUGGAGGAUGCAGUUGAUAGCCUGGACCUCUCAGAUGAAGCCGAUCUAAUUGAUUAAUAUUUAAGUAUAUUAUAUUUAGUGUUUUUCUUAUUUUAUUUCGAUCAUAAAGAGUAUGUACUUCCUAAUGUGCUUAUAUAUUUAAGAUUAAAGUAUUAUAUAGUUUUUCAUCACCAAGUACUCGUUUUUUUUUUCGUCACCAUUGUUUUGAUUUGUAAAUGUACAAAGCAUAUGUACAUACUGUACUAUUUUAGGGUUAGGUGGAGUGGUCAUUCUGAAAUAUAUUAUAGCUGAUUGUAUGCCCAUCGUAUAGAGAUAUGUUUAAAUUAUACAGUAAUAAUUUCUGCAUAUAAUCAAGUUGAAUAUUUUUUCACAUUCAUAAUAAACAUUAGAAUUUUAUGUAAUUAAAUAUAUUAUAAGAAAUAAGUGUAUAGUUUUUUUCAAAUCUAAUAAUCAUUUACGAAAUAAUUACACUUAAUCAUUAUAAACACAGACUAUCGAAAUAGCCUAAUGUUUAAUUAAACAAAUUACAUUUAUUGCUUGUGUAAUUGUAUAAACUAUCUGCAUAGUGUUUAACCCCUUUGUAUAUUUUGUUAUAAUAUAGACAUAUCUAAAUUAAGAAAAUAUUGUUCAUUAACUUGGUGCAAUGGUUAUGAUACGCAGUUUGUAGGCAUUUUUAAAAUUAAUUACCUAUAUAACAGUUUUAAUUGUUUAAAAUAAAACAUAUUUUAUUAUUAUGUCGUAC